AUGAUCAAUCCAGUCCAAUUGUCUCAGCUGAAGAAUAAUGUCGUGUAUCUUUGGAUUUUGAAGACGACUGCUGCUCUUGUCACUAUGAUCCCUGUAACUGCUGGGCGAACCGCAGUGAUCUAUGCUAAGCAAAUCAUUGCAUUCCUUCCAAGCUUGUUUAUGGUCGCAAUUACAGUACUUACUAUGCUUUACCAGUCUUGGACGCAUUCUUUGGCGAAAAAGAAAGAAGUCAAAAUUACAGAGCUCGAGGAGAAACUGAAAGAGGAGAAGAAAGAGCGAAAGAUGCUCCAGCGAUCAUCUGAACUCCUCCUUGAUUGCGUCAAGGGACUUCAGAAGAAGCUCGACUCCGAAGUCAUCUGCCGAAAGAACUUCGAAAGAAAGCAGCUCAAAAAGCAGGAAGAAUACAAACAUGAAGCUGACAACCAUAAAGAACAACUGAACUCACUAAAGAACGUCUUGAAGGAAACCAUCUUGGGCAUGGAAGAUGAGAUAAAAUCAACUAACAAGUUUAACUCUCUCCGCACUUCGGGAAGUUCUGGCGACGCUAUUCGGGCUCAUUAA